AUGUGCGAGGAAGAGGGUCUUGAUGAUUUUCAUGGAUCAGGAUCUAUCGAGGCGGAAGAAUUUGAAGAUGAUGAAGUUGAUGAACCUGAGGGUGCAACUGAAGAUGACAGUACGACCAUUGUGGUUAGUUCUACCGGAAAGUUACCCAACAAAGCCACUGGUUCGCAGCUUGUGGGUUCUUUAAACAGUCCUCAACUAAGAAAUAUAACCAGAGCUCCCCAGGUCAAUUCGAGUACUCAGACCACAUCCAGACCGGAUACUCCUAUCGCCGCUCGAGAUCAUUGUGAUUCAAACUUUGUGUUUCCUCCGGCACACUAUCGGACAUCACCAAAAGUUCCACAGACCUUACCUACGGGUUUUUCGUUAUCUGCUUGCGAUCGACAUUUUAAGUUUUUCGACGAAGGUACACCAGAGUCCCGUACACAUAAUCCAUGCGAAGUUUUUCACUACAAUUCCGUGGUUCCCGGUCAUCAAAACUCAUCUCUGUUGCCUUCACUUCUUACGGCUCACAUACAAUCAAAUAGUUCUUAUUAUCAUUCUGAAUUAGAUUCUAAAAGUGUGGCACCAAACUCAUCUGUUCAAACAGCCCCAGUUUCUGGUCACGCAUCUCCUUCAGAGAACCAAUCAAUCCCAUCCACCACCACGGAGACGCUGGCAGUACCCGGAGUAGCCUCCAUCUGUCCACCCCGCCCCCAUCCAUCCACUGUUUCUAUGUACUAUGAUCCGGCCUCAUUCAGUCUGGUUGCGGCGGCGGCAGUUGCUGUUGCUGCCAAUACUGCCCAAGCUGGUAGUUCAAUACCCACUGGUGUUGCUGGCAGUGCUAACUGGCCGAAUCCACCUCCUUUGGUACGCCCAUCACUUGUCCACUCGCCGUACAACCUACCUUUGUCCAAAACACAACCUCACCAUCCGUUCUCUGGUGUACCCUUGAUGUGUCCGUUGCAUCCACACUCCGCCGGAUCAUCUGAAGUGCGUUCUACGCAAAUGAUCGCAAAAACCGAAUCAGACCAGUUGACUGAGGAAGUUGUGGCCAUCAGUACUGCCUCUCUACCUUCUUUACAGCCUGCUUCUCGAUUUCGGAAGGCCAGAAUUCAUGAGACGGUCGAACAGUGGUGUCAUGGCCGUCUUUCAAUACACGACUGUCAUCUAAAAGUAAUUCCAGAUUGGGUAUUGGAUUUGCAAAAGAAGACCUCAGUAUUGGAUCAGGAUAUAUCAAAUGCAUUGGCACAACGAGUAAACUGUUUUUCCUGUCUGGAACAAAAGGCAUUGGAUCGAAGUGGUCUGCAGCAAUCAGGUGGACUGACCUCAUCAAAAGGAACCACCGAUGUUCAUGCCUAUCCCAUGUCGUCUCAAUCAAAGUUGAACGAAAGUCCUUUGCGUCGGGUGCUUAAUCGCGGACCAUCGAGAAACAACCUGUUUUCAUUUUGGGAUGGCGGUACUCGAGUUUACUGUCGUCUACCAAAAUUAUCGCGUGUGUGCAUACCACCGGGUGUUUCAGAAUCCUCAUCUGAUUUGCCUCCCCAGCCUGAAGAAAAUGGCAUACUAUACGGUGAGAAAACCUUGACGGCGGAAGAAGAAUCAACUGAGGUUUGUACAAGGCCAGCAGAUAGUUCUGUUAAAGUUGUGCCCGAUUCCACGAGUUUAUUGCAAGAUGAGAGUCUAACCGGUGCCGCAUCCAUCCCUGAAAACAUUUCUACAGCUCCGGCAGUUUUUCUGCCUUCAAAUAAUGCCGAUCCAGCCACAGCCUACCUACGCAGACAGCAAGUAGUAGCGGAAGGUGAAUCAAACCAUCGUUCUACCCGUGAAGAUUCGUUGCUUAAGGGUGGAGAUAGUCCUUCAGCCGAUGAGCUUUCUUUACCGCUGUCGGAUGUUAUUCAAUCUUCUCCCGGUUCUACGGACUACGCUAAUCAAUCAGUACGUCGGGAACCACCACCUUUCCAAGUCACGCGAGUCAUAGCACAUCAUUACAGCAGCGAUCACAGUCGGGGGAAGGAACCACAAUCUUUUCUUGUGCGGAAACGAUCGGUACUGGACGCUAUGCCUGUCAUGGUCCCUCCGACCAGCCCUACAUUUGUGGAUGGUGCAGUUGGCGAGUCGUGUUCAUCUGGCAUUGCCAACAAUAAAAAUAUUGGAGUCACUUCAGGAAAUAUGGUCAACGGUAUAGGUCUCAUUGAUGCGUUACCUGUUCACCCUAAAAUUCAGCGUAUUUUGAAUGAUGGAGGUGGUGGCUAUCACAAUGUGAUGCCGCAUUUUGUUACCAACGGUCUUCCCGAUCCUCGGUCGGAAUCGAUGAAACCAUCAUCCCUACCCUCACCUACUGGCUCACUGCUGUCUAAUGUCCCCUAUUCUCACUGCUCUGAUGCGACUGCUUUAAUGUGCCGACCGCUCCUGCAAGGCGCGGGUUUGACAAACGGUGAGGUUGGUCCGCAUCGCAUAUCUCCAUCUGGUUUACCUACCGAUCCGUCUAUUCACCCGCACGAAGCUAAAGGACUUCCCAGUCAUUCGUUGUGCACAUCUGGCUCGCUACCUACCAUACCCCCGGCAAAAUCACACAUGGUCAACGGUCUUGAUCACGUCUGCACCCGUAAUGCGAAGUUGUCCACUCUCCUGUCCACACGACUAGAAACGCGAAUAAAUGAGAGCAUUGUAAGUCCAUUCGGCUUUGUAUACUUCUUUUGGUGUAUGUUUGUGAAAAUCAUGUAA